UAUGCAGCUGUUCAAAAAUAGCCCUCUCCAUGGCACCAGAAACUUCCCUGAGUAGCCAACAGAUAGGCACUAGGCUAAGGGGUAGUUGUGUGUAUGCGAGUGUGUGUCUGCACAAUGACCAUGCGUUUACUACCAACUCUACUCAAAAUAAGGAAGACGCCUUUCAGGAAUUCCACCAUAUCCAUGGAACCAACGUGCAGCUAGAUCCUACGGGGACCCAGGCUACCCGAGUGGAGAGCUUUGCCAACGGGGUGUGCUUCAGCAGAGAGCCCCUGAGUCCUGGGGAGAUCUUCCUGGUGGAGAUCGAGGAGAAGGAGCUGGGCUGGUGUGGCCACCUGCGGAUCGGGCUGACCGCCAGAGACCCUCUGACCUUCGAAACGGUGCCUGAGUACUCCCUGCCGGACCUCAUGGACCUGGGGGACAGCUGGGUGUUUGCUAUCACACGAAACCACAACCGGGUAGUGGAGGAGGAGGCUGUGGCACCUGAGGGAGAGGGGGCAGGAGAUGGAGGGUUGGCCGGGGGACAUAGGUUAGGGGAUGGUAGGGAAGAGGGAGGUAGGAGGCUACCUAGGCUGGGGGGUGGUGAUGUGGAAGAAGAAGCGAUUAAUCCCAAACCCAAGACGUUCUUCACAGACUCCCACCUGCACAUUGAGAAAGUUAAAAUCCCCAUGGACAAGCUGGUUGGUCGGAGUCGACCCGGACGCUUCAGCCACAUCUUGGAUGACCUGUACAAGACCAAUGCCCUCCCCCCCACUGCCAGACGUAGUCGGAUAGGGGUGCUGUAUGUGCCCAAAGGACAGGGCCUGGCUGACAUGCAUGUUGUCAUUAACGGAGAGGAUAUGGGUGCAUCAGCUAAGGGCAUCCCAAUGCUGCAGCCUUUGUAUGCUGUGGUUGACGUGUACUCUGCUACAAAGCAAGUUCGCAUUGUCCAGGUGGAAUAUGGAUUUUCCUCCCUGCAGACUCUGUGUAGAAAGUGCAUCCAGAAAAACAUAGUCCACAGGAUGGCUCUGGACUGGCUGGAACUGCCUGAGAGACUCAAACACUACUGCAAGUAUGAGUGACAGACAGCGCACUUUGGACUGAGCACCUCCUGAAGAAGCUUCUCACGAGAGCCGAACUUAAGAUCCAAGUGGUUUAUGCAUUUCAGAAAAGAUAAAUGUACUUCAUGUGUUUAUAUUUUUGAGGUCUUCUUUACAAUGAAUCCCUGGUCUCUUACCAGUUAUGUUUUUAAUUACUGAUUGACAUAUUAUUUUUUGUAUGUCAGAGAUGCUUUUAUUGAAAACUGGUAAAUAAAUGGAUGACAUCAACUUCU